CCAGCCUUUUUUGUAAAGGAGAGUCCAAAAUUAUCUGUUCAUUUUAAUAGGUCAGAAGCUUCCUGAUACUGUAAUUUCUUGGGUUUCACUUACAACUUUCUCCACCCUUUCACACCAUUAGAGCUGGAAAGUUGCAACGCAUAGGAAAAUAGUUGGACUUGCUAAUUUAUACAUCGAGGUUCUUACCUUUGUUGACUGGUUCAGGGCUCUGCAUUUCAUGAUGACCAGUGCAUACAAAUUUUGCCAGUGAAUCAGUGUGCCUGAUGAACAGUAACGUUUGGAAUUAUGAGAAGUUAUUAACUUUGUGGUCCGCUUGAUGGAAUUAUGUUCCACGGUGAGCAGUGUGGCUCAUGCGUGGGAAUUUGUUUAUGAUUUGUCAGCAAUGGGUGGCAGUUACCAGGUCCAUUAGCCAUUUGUUCCCUGUUACAAUUAGUGAGCAGUGUAUUACAUCAUUGCACUUUAGAACAAGGUGUACUUCUGUAUGUCACCCAUGUGAAAUACAGAUCUGCUAAAAGGUGUCGGCAAAAGUUUUGACAUGAAUUUUGUGAUAAAAAGUUCCCAGCAGACAAACAAUUCAUAAUUUGGUGAAUAAACUUAGAACAACAGGAUUCUUAAUAGACAAGAAAAAGAAAACAUAGAUGACAUAGGAGCCAGACUUGGACACACACCUAGCAAAUCACUCAGAUGUCUAGCUCAAGAGACUGGCUUGUCAAAAUCUAGUGCAAGAAGGGCAACAUAGUUGCUGAAGCUUAGACCCUGUAAAACAACAGUAAUCCAUGCACACCUUGCAGCCACAUGAUCCAGCCAGCAGGGUUCAUUUUUGCAGUUGGUAUCAGCAAUCUGUCGUCGAAGGGGCUAUGCAUUGCAAUUCCUGGUCCAACUUUUCUGUCUCCAGUAACAGACCUGCAAGCAGAUGCAUCACCAGUUUCAAGCAUUUAUGCUGCAAGAUCUUCUGGGUACUUAAUUGGCUCAGUUAUGGGUGGAAUCUUGUUUGAUCACUACAACCGAUUGUUCCUGCUCUUCAUUAGUCUCCUUCUGACAGCCAUAUUUAUUACAGUCACUCCUUGGUGUCAUGUGCUAUGGUUGCUGAUAGCGUGCAUGGUGCUCCUUGGUAUGACAAUGGGCUUUCUUGACACAGGUGGCAAUGUACUGUGUUUGGAUUUGUGGGGACGAAACAGUGGGCCGUUCAUGCAGGCCCUUCACUUCAGUUUUGGGCUUGGGGCCUUUGUUGCACCAUUGCUGGCUGCACCAUUUCUGCAACCAACCACCAGUGUUUUACCCACACAGAUGGUCAGCACCGUUAUCCCUUUCCAAGUUUCAGACCUGAAUAGAAUUGGGGUGGAUCGUCAGAAGAGAGAAUUGUCACAAAAUGGAGAAAAUAUCACAGAAUUAAUUAUUAAUGUGGAGCCUCUAAAGAGCAAUUCCCUUGAAGUUACUACAAAAUCAUUAGAAAAUGUCUCCAAACCUUCAAGUCCAGUGGUUCCAGAAAUUCCUGUAAGCAUAAGCUCCAAUCUGCAGUCUGCUGAACUGAAAGCAAUGGAUGACAUAGAUGCAAAUGAAACAACUGCCCAGCCUUCUGCCACAACACACAGAGUACCAAAACGGAAACCCUCCAAAACAAAUGCUAGUUCACUUGGUAAUAAAAACUGGGACGAUGUUCAUGUUGGAGCUCUACCAAAGGAAGAUCUCGAACCAAUCUCCUCUACAACAGCUUCUUUGUCCAUUGGUACCAGCAUGACUGCAAGUUCCACUAGAAGGACCAUGUUUCCAUUCCUGUCUCCCACUUCAGAAUCAUAUUCUGCACAGAAGCAAACCUUGAAGCUAGCAGCAAAUGAUACCACUAUUCUUGUCAAGGAAGUUAAGAUAAUUCCUAGUCCUGUAUAUAAAAUCACAAAUGUUACUGGAUCCUUUGGGAGUAUAAACGAUGGGAAGGACACUGACUGUAGCAAAACAGUUCCCUCUCUACCAAAUACUGUAAACAGUGCUACGCAGUCUUCCACUGAAAAUGUUACAGAGAACUUGUUGAUCAGAGGUAACAGUAUGAAUUUCAUAAAUGUCAGUGGGAGAACACCUACUCCAGCAGUUGAUUCUCUAACUGUAUCAGUCUCCACAGAAGGCUCUGAUCCCAAGAUCAGUUUGUCAUCAUACUCAGAAGUUACAGCAUCUCUUUCACACAAUGAAUUACUCAGGACACAUGCUUACACUGUUUCUAAAAUACCUGAAGAAUUUGUACCAUCUGGUGAGACAGAGGUUAUUGUAUCACACGUGAAAUCAACCAUGGGCAUAUCAAAGGAAGGCAAUAGCCCUCAGUCACUUAUGCAAGAUACUGACAGCAGAGUUAAUGGGGAACAUAGAAUCAUUUCUAGCACAGAAGAUUCAACUUUCAAAUUAAAUAUGAUAGCAGCAGUAUCAGAUACAUUUCCACCUGGAAACUUGCUUUCCAGACAUAUCCACCACUCCAAACCAGUCACAUAUGAUAAUGAUACAGAGGAAAUAAACUCAUUAUUUGACAUUGUAGCCAACAGAAUAGAAAGAUACGGUUUCAGCAAAGUGCAAUUUACAUAUCUUAUGGUAGGAUCAUUUGUAUUUGCAAUGUCGCUUGUAUUUCUGGGCUUCUUGUGCCACAAUCCUAGAGACCCCAAAUCAAAACAAGAUGAGGGGCCAGGUACUAAGAUUUCAAACAGAGCCUUGCAUGCUUUGCUUGUAAGUUUGAUGGCUAUCUUCUUUCUUUUGUAUGUGGGCUUAGAAGUAACAUAUGGGAAACUGGUACUAGCAUUUGCUGUGCAUGGUGACCUCCAGCUUGCUCAAUCGACUGGCCUUGUGAUUGCUACUGUUUUUUGGGGUUCAUUUGCAGCUAUGCGGUUUGCAGCCAUCUUCUUCUCCAGUGGGUUUGGCCCCAUCACCAUGCUGCUCCUCAACUUUGUUUUCUGUACUCUGGGGACUAUUCUUCUGUCUACUAUGGCUAGUCAUACUGAAACAGCACUAUGGGUAGGAACAGCUCUGCUUGGGAUCGGCCUCGCAUCUGUUUUUCCCACAGGCAUACUCUGGAUUGAACGUUAUAUCCAUGUCUCUAACAAAGUGGCUGCAGCCUUUGUGGUGGGAGCAUCUCUAGGGGAGAUAGUAUGUCCCGUUGCAGUGUACCGGCUUAUGGUGAACAAUCCCGCCACGCUGAUGCAUUCAGCAGUUCUGAUAAAUGUGCUCUGCAUUGUGACCUUCACUGCACUUUGGUGGUUGGCCCUUCGACAUGGAGAGAAGUACCGUGUAGAAAGCAACAAUGGGUAUCAAUUGGCCAAUCAGGAGGAAGAGGAGGAAAUGAUUGACACAUCCCCAUCCGGCAGUGUAGCUGCCUCAAGACGACACAGCUUCUCAGAGCACAGGACUUUACUUAAUGGGAACCCACAUAGAGGGCCUUAACUUUCUUACCUUUGUUCAUACCAUGUCACAGCAUUCCUUCCCUUAUAGCUUGCAGGUAAUGAUUGAAUCAUGUAUAUUCUGUGAUAUAAAUACUGAUGAGUGAAAACUUGUGUAUACUUGGUCUGGUUCAGCAAACAGCAGUUCAUUCAGUGUUUACUUCUCUUACAAAAGGACAAAGGAAUAGCUAAAUUCAGCCCACUAUAAGCCAUAAGUAAGUGUUCUGAGAAUUACUGCCUUUGAUGAAAGAUUCAUAUGUGUGCAGUUAAAAAGGGGUAAUUCUUUCCCAUUGGUUUAGCUUUUUGCACAUGGUGUGUAUCAGUGAGAUACAGAAUUUAACAUGCGCAGCUAUAAAAAUUAACAUUCAUUCAGUGUGAAAUAUGUAUCACCAAUAUUGGACAUGGUAUUUCUGCCAAUGUUGCAUGGGUCAAAUUUGUGUGUUAUGUGAAGAUGACAGUGUAAUGCAUAACAUAAAGUAGUUGCAGCAGAGAGAAACUUCA